AUGCACGUCCGCGGUAAAUGGGUAGAUAUUGCACACUCAAUUACUGAGUCUGGUAGGGAACCGGGCUUUUCAGAUCUAGUGAAAUUUGUAGAAGAAAAGGCUCGAAUCGCCACUUCCCUAUAUGGCCUUGACCUUGCAAAUGAGAAGAGUCAUGGUAAGAUUGUUGAAGAUCGAACCUUUAAGUCAAAGCCAAGUCCUGCACCUCGUAGAAAUAAUGCAAUCAGUUUUGCUACGAAUAGUGCAAUAAACAAUUCUAUGUAUAAGCCGUCACGUAAGUGCUAUUGUUGUUCAGGUAGUUGUAAAGAUUUAGCUUCAUGUACGAAAUUUACAGCCAUGAAUUUAAAUGACAGGGAACAGUUUGUAAAAAAGAACAGACUUUGUUUCAAUUGUUUAAAGGGCAAACAUUUUUCUAACGUUUGUAGAAAACCUACUGGGUGCAAUGUAACAGAAUGUAAAUCUAGACACCACUUUCUUUUACAUAGUUGGGUAGAUAGUAUAUCUGAUCACACAGAUCAACAAUCCGUCGUAAAUUGCGCAACUAAAAGCGGAUCUUGUGUGAAGAACUGUUUAGGUAUAAUACCUGUACUUGUUAGAGGUAAAAGUGGGACAUACUGCAAGACUAAUGCUCUGCUUGACGAGGGAGCUGACCAAACAUUAUGUGAUGAACGCUUGUUGAAAACGCUGAACCUACCCUCCAAAUCUGUGACGUUCAAGAUGUCUACAGCAAGCUCUUCCGGUAUUAUCGUCGAAGGACAGGAAGUCGAGCUACACGUGCAACCGGCGUCAGGUGGUAACGACGUUACGUUGAGAAAAGUUUGGUCAGUGAAAUCUCUUCCAGUAUCAACUAGAUCUGCUGCGAGAAACGCUGACAUCCGAGAUCUACCAUAUUUAUCAAUGAUAAAAAUCCCUAAAAACGACUCUAGCUCUGUGAUGCUUCUUAUUGGAACAGAUGCACCACAGGCACAUAUACCCUUAGAAGUGCGUUCAGGCCGCCAUGAUCAACCCUACGCCAUUAAAACUCAACUAGGCUGGGCAGUGCGUGGACCUGUAACAGACACUACAACACAGAAAACAGCUAAUGUAAAUUUUCAGCAGUCAGCUGAUGUAUUGUUACAACAACAACUUGAGAAAAUGUGGACUACGGACUUUGAUGACAAAGUGAAAGUAGAAAGAAAUUCAAUGUCACUAGAAGACAAGAAAGCUUUAAACACUAUGAACUCUUCGUUGCGAUAUGAAAAUGGACAUUACGAACUGAAAUUACCAUGGCGUGACGAGAAAGCAGUAAUGCCUAACAACUUGACUCUUGCGCAUGCGCGACUCGAAAAUUUGAAGAGGAAGUUAGCACGAGAUCAAUGGAGACACGUAGAUACGGCUUCCAAUCCAGUAGACGUCGCUUCUAGAGGAAUGCAUGCCAGUGAUUUUAAGACAAUGAAAUUUUGGAUGCAUGGACCUGAAUUCCUUCAAAAAGAUGAAAGCAAUUGGCCAAGCCACCUAACUAAACUUGAAUUAGACGACGAUGACACUGAGCUGAAAAAAAGAGGUUGUCGUCAACACAACUAG